UGUACUAGUCGAUCCUCUUAUCUGACGCUUUGGACUCUCCCUUGUCAGGACUCUGAGAUCGGGCCUCGAGGUUGCCCUUACAAUUCCGGGCUCACUUACAAGAUGCUGAAGAGGGCAGCCGCAGAGAGAGAUGAAAUGGCAAGGGAGGAAUGGAUGCACACCAUCCAGACAACAUUCCUGUCUUCAAUGAUGGUGACUGUUGAUGAGUCUAGCAAGGAUGGCAGAACUAUCUAUCGGAAGCGUGGCCGAGCACCGGCGGGACAGCGUGGUUUGCUUGAGGCUGAUUUUGUGCGGGGGGAAAGAUAUAGUAUUUUGGCUGCCAUGAGUGUGGAUGGCUAUGUUGGCACACAGAUUGUUUCUGGCUCAGUCGAUGGGGAUGAAUUCUUCGAUUUUAUUGUUGAAGAUAUUCUUCCACAAAUGAAUUGUUUUCCAGCGGAUCGAAGCGUUCUCAUGCUUGAUAACUGUGCAAUCCACAAGAGUAUCUUGCUUCGUGAAAUUGUGGAGGCACAAGGAACAAUGCUGAUUUUUCUUCCACCAUAUUCCCCCGACUUCAAUCCAAUAGAAGAAAGUUUCAGUGCCGUCAAGAGUUGGAUUCGGCGGCACUGGAGGAGACUGGAGCACAGUGGGACACCAGAGAUCGAUCUACUGGAAGCAUGUGCGACUGUAACAGCGGAGAAAGCUCGCAAGUGGUUUGGGAAUUCAGGUUUUCGUCAUGAGCCAUUGUAGCUGAUUACCUCUGUUAUAUACAAUGAAAUGAAA